AUGAAGCGAGUUUCAGCGAAGCAGGUUGCUCAGGAACAGCAGAAACAGCCAACUAUGCAAGUAGAUAAGGUAAAGUCAUUGUUCAAUGACAAGAUUUGGGAUCCGACGUUUCAGGAAGACCUCAAACAAGAAAUUCAUGAUUCGCAACCUUACAACUGGGGUACGAUCCGGGAUUUGGUGGACGAUGAGCUUCUGCGUAAAGUGAGAAAGGAAAUAGAAACAGAAAUUCAUUUCACCAGUAAAGAAACCGAUAUCUACAAAGUCAACCAGAGUGGUGAUUUGGCCAACUUAUCAGGACUCGACUGGAACGACUUGUCGCGCCUCCCCAGUCUCUGUCGGUUGCGGGAGAUCCUGUACUCAGAAGUUUACCGGGAUGUGAUUUCCCAUGUCACAGGUGCGGGAAAGCUUUCGGGCUCUAAGAUGGAUAUGUCCAUCAACACCUACACCAAGGGUUGUCAUUUACUCACGCAUGACGAUGUCAUUGGGUCAAGAAGAGUAAGUUUUAUCCUCUAUUUGCCGGACCCCGACAAACGCUGGAAGGAUCACUACGGGGGUGGUUUGCGUUUAUUUCCAAGCAUUGUCGCCAAUGUCCCCCAGAGCGAUCAUAGCGCCAAGCUAGUUCCGCAGUUCAAUCAAAUUGCUUUCUUUCAAGUUCAGCCUGGGUUUUCCUUCCACGACGUCGAAGAAGUCCGUGUCAAUAAACAUCGUCUCUCGAUCCAAGGAUGGUAUCAUAUCCCACAAAAAGAGGAAAAGGGGUUUAUUGCGGGCGAGGAGGAAGCAUGGGUCAAAACCAACACCAGUACUUUGGCGCAGUUGGAAUCCAAAGUUCUUCAGGACUACGAGUUUCCCAAGGGUGAACGAGACAUUUUACCAUACCAUCAAAUAAGACAUGUUGAUGAAUUACUGGCUGCACAAUCCUGUAAAGAAGGUGACUCACAAAGUUUACCAGAUUUAAGAUUGUUAAGUGCUAAGGAAAUGGACUUUUUAUCAGACUUCAUUUCGCCACAUCACUUGACUCAAGAAGGCAUUAACAAACUUCAAUCACAUUUCGUUGAAAAGUCGCAACUGCAGAUUGAAGACUUCCUCAAUGACGACAGAGCAGAAUUCUUGAAACAACUUAUCAAAAAAGAUGAAAUGGAAAAAGACUGCCCUUAUGAGAGCGUAAAUGUUAAGGCUCCUUGGAAAACUGCCAUGCCUCCACACAAGUGGAGAUAUCUCUAUAUCGAUGGCAAAUCCCACGAGAACUUCCAAAACGAGCAAGAUAUUUUGAACAAAUUGAAUAACGAAGAAAUGCCAAACUACACUCUUCUGUCGCAAACUCUGGAAGACAAAAAGUACCAAACUGAAACCCAGUUGAUUGCGUUAGCCAACUUUUUCCAAAGCUCCGCUUUCAAGAAGUAUCUGGCGCUACUCACUUUGUUGUCUCCUUUGAGUGAGCAGGUAUUGAUCAGAAGAUUCAGACCGGGGAAGGAUUUCACUUUAGCUACUCAGAUUCACAAGAACGACCUUCUUAAACAAGUCGAAGGGUUUGUUGAUGCUGUCUUAGAAGGCACGCUAUGCCUAACUCCAAGUGAUGGUUGGGAGUCUGGUGAAGUUGGCGGCUACGAGCUUUACAUGGAUAAUCAGGAUGAGGAUGAGAAUGCUAACAAAGACAUUGAGGACGCGGCAGUGUACAAGAGCGACGAUGCUGGCGACUCUGUCUUGAUCAACAAACCGCCAAGCUGGAAUUCGUUCAACUUAGUUUUGAGGGAUGAAAGUGUGCUACAAUUCAUCAAGUACAUUAGCUGGUCUGCAAAAUCUAGCAGGUGGGAUGUUACCGUUCAAUGGGAUGUCAAGACUGUCGACGAAGAUGACCACGAUGAAAAUGACAAUAAUGAAUAA